AUGCCUCGAACAGCAUCAAAUACCACCCAGUCCACUUACUCAAAAGCUGCGCGGGCCCGACAAUACUUGAAAGGCGGCGGCAUCGCCCGCGACGAUUCAGACGACGAAUUGGGCCUCGAAGACCAUCCUUGGGAAUGGAUCUACUCACAUUCGCCUGCUGCGACCCCACAAAAACAACGCCACCGUAAUGAGAAACCAAGCAAGCCGGCUUUACAGAUCAUUGGCGCUCGAAUGGGCAAAUUCGAGUGCCAUGUUGGUGAUUGUGUGCUCCUGAAAGCCGAGGGCAAUAACGAAGCAUGGGUGGGUCUGAUAUGCGAUUUCAUUGAAGACGAUGAAGAUGAGAGUGAGGCAGGAGACGAAAGUGAUAGUGGAUACGAGUCUGGGAAAGGGCGUGGCAUGGCAGCUGAAUUUAUGUGGUUCAGCACCGCGAAAGAGAUCAGAAAUGAGAAAAAAAGGAGAAGUGAUGCGUUAGCAAAUGAAGUGUACAUCGCGCCGAGCUGGGACAGAAAUCCAUUGGCAAGCAUCAAUGGGAAAGCGGUGGUCUUGUCGCAGGAGAGAUUUCUAGAGAGGCAUCCGAAUGGGAAGGUCCCGAGGGGCUCGAAGGAUCUUGGAAAGAUCUUUGUGUGUAGGAGAGGGUGCAAUACAAGGACUGCGACUUAUACUGAGGAAUUCAACUGGGAGAAUGUGUAUAAAGGAGCAGGUGACAUGCUUGCCUUGAUCGAGCUAGUCAGAAAUCAGACGAAAGCAACGAGGAAGAAGAGGAAGCGAGGAGAGGACUAUGAGGAGGAUGCAGCAGAAGAGGUUCGUACAUCUCCAUACCUCUUCUUUGGCCAAUGCUCAUUAUCACAGUACACCUACAAGCCCGACACCACCGAGCCUCGCACACCUAGUAAAAAGCGUAAACAGACGCACCUUCUCACCCCCUCUUCGACCCCCAGACGGCGCCCCAAAACACCCAACUCCUCGGCCCACAAGCGUAUCACCCUCAAAAAACCCCUCACCAUCACCCCUCUCACGACCCGCUUCCUCUCCCCCACCCACACGAACAGCACGCCUCACCAACUCGCCCGCAGCAGCCUUCAUGUCUCCUCGGUACCCGCUACCCUCCCCUGUCGAGAGACAGAAUUCGCAACCGUCUACUCACACCUCGAGACCGCCAUCACCGCCGGCAGCGGCUCCUGCAUCUACAUUUCCGGCACACCGGGGACUGGCAAGACCGCCACCGUCCGCGAGGUGAUUGCUAGCUUACACGGUGCCGUGCAAGCGGACGAGCUAGAUGAUUUCAUCUUCGUGGAGAUCAAUGGCAUGAAAGUCACUGAGCCCACUCAGGCGUACAGUCUCCUCUGGGAAGCCCUCCGCGACGAGCGCGUGAGUCCUACCCAUGCGUUGGGGUUGCUAGAGCAGGAGUUCUCGAGGCCGAGUCCGAGGCGGGUGCCUUGUGUGGUGCUGAUGGAUGAAUUGGAUCAGCUUGUUACGAGGACGCAGAGCGUGAUGUACAAUUUUUUUAAUUGGCCUGGGUUGAGGCAUUCGAGGCUGAUUGUGCUGGCGGUAGCAAAUACGAUGGAUUUGCCUGAGAGGAUGUUAAGUAAUAAGAUUAGUUCGCGGUUGGGGUUGACGCGGAUCCUGUUCCCGGGGUAUAGUCAUGAGCAGUUGAUGGAGAUUGUGAGGAGUAGGUUGGCAGAAGUGGGCGGGGAUGGUGGUGGCCAGGUGGUUGAUGAAGAUGCGGUUCAGUUUGCGGCAAGGAAGGUGGCCGCGGUCAGUGGAGAUGCAAGGAGGUGCUUGGAUAUAUGUAGGAGGGCGGUGGAAAUCGCGGAGGUGGAAGGUUUGGAGGACGGUGUUGCAGUGGGCACGCCGAGCAAAAGUGCGAAAAGGAAGGAGAGAGUUGAGACGAAUAGGAAGAGCAAGGGGACGGUCACGAUCCAGACCGUCAAAGCUGCUAUUAAUGAGGCGACUUCGAGCCCGCUGCAGCAGUAUUUGAAGAGCUUGCCUUUGGCGGCGAAGACUUUCUUGGCCGCUUUACUAGCACGCGCACGAAAAACGGGCGUCAAUGAAUGCGUUCUGGUCGACGUGGUCGAGGAAGCGAGACGGCUUGCUCUAAUGGCUGUUGAGAAUCCAAAAAUUCAGGAGGUGCUGAUGAAGGACAAAAUGUCCAGUCAGCCUAAGUCGGAUCAAGACAACUUUCGGCGAAAGGCAGAGACGCCCAAGACAUCAUAUCGAGUCAAAGGAUUGAGUCAAGCUGCUGCUGAGUUGGCAGAAGCCGGUGUGAUUGGGCUAGAAGGCGGACGUGUUCGAGGUGAAAGAAUUGGAAAGGUGAGACUAGCAAUUGGAGAUGAAGAGAUCAGUACGGCUCUUCGAGGCGAUGUCGAAGUAAGAGGACUUGGAUUUGGUUAG